CACCUGCGCUGGGGCCGGCGGCCUGCAGAUGGCGGGGGGUCAGGCCGGGGGCGCACCGCGUUCGUCCGUGGCGCAAGAUGGCACUGCGCUUUGCACAUUCCUUGCGCUGGUGCCGCUGGGGAGUCAAACGAUUGGGAGGUGUUGCUGCGGAAGCCCGGAGAGGCGUCAGUUUCAAACUGGAAGAAAAAACUGCCCACAGCAGCCUGGCGCUCUUCAAAGGUGACACAGGUGUCAAGUAUGGCUUGGUGGGAUUGGAACCCAGCAAGGUGGCCCUGAAUACGGAGCGCUUCCGAGAGUGGGCAGUGGUGCUGGCAGACACAGCGGUCACCAGCGGGAGACACUACUGGGAGGUGACGGUGAAGCGCUCCCAGCAGUUCCGGAUAGGAGUGGCCGAUGUGGACAUGUCCCGGGAUAGCUGCAUUGGUGCCGAUGAUCGAUCCUGGGUGUUCUCCUAUGCCCAGCGCAAGUGGCAUACCAUGCUGGCCAAUGAGAAAGCUCCGAUUGAGGGUAUCGGGCAGCCAGAGAAAGUGGGGCUGCUGCUGGAGUAUGAGGCGCAGAAGCUGAGCCUGGUAGAUGUGAGCCAGGUCUCUGUGAUCUACACGCUGCAGACAGACUUCCGGGGUCCCGUGGUGCCUGCCUUUGCUCUUUGGGAUGGAGAGCUGCUGACUCACUCAGGGCUUGAGGUGCCCAAGGGCCUCUAGAAUGUUCCUCACUGGAGUCGCUAAUCAUGUUCUUGGCCAGUGUUCUAUUAAGUGUCUGAAGGCUUUUUUACUCUGCCCCACGCAGGGGUCUGGUUCCCACACCCCUGCGUGGAGUCCCCUGUGCAGUUUCACUCAUCCUUCUCCCUCCCCUGCCCUGUGAAAGCUAGGCAUACCACCAGCACCCCCUCCCCCGCAACAGCUGCCAAUUUCCUAGACUGCCUUGAGUGUGUUUUCCCUUUCUUUCUUCAGUCUCUCCGCGUCACCUGUGCCCAGGCCAUUCUCAGACUGUAUUCUGUCCUGAGUCUGAUCUUGGAGCUUUGUUUGGAUUUGUUAAUCAUGGGGAUACCUCUCCUUCCCUUUGCUCACAUGUGGCUUGUUUGUUCUUGGGGCUCUACCAAAUCUCUACCUCUGGCUGGAGGAGGUGCGUUCAAUGAGUUGCCCCUCUCUCUACAGCACACAGAGUGCUCUGGCUCCCUUGGUAAGUGCUUUAUUGAUUUAGUGUGUCAGGGUGGGAACAGAGCCUUCCUUCCCCAGCACCUCAACACCACAGACCCUCAGUCCCACACAGUACAGCUGUCCUCACCUGGAGGUCAUCUUUCUUCACCUACACCUCUGACCACCAGCCAGUCCGUCAUAAUCAACUAUGACCAAAGGGGAUAUCUAGGGUUAGUGUUAGAAACUUUCUCCUUGAGAAGUUCUAUCUUCAUUGCUACCCUACUUGGAACCUCCAGAGGAAGGAGAGCAAGCUAACCCAAAGCAGUGUCUGGGGUUCUGGGAAACGUGGUGGGGUAGGCGAAUAUGUCUAUGAAAUAUGUAUUGUUUGGGCUCAGUCUGACCCUGUGAUUCUUUCUUAUUGUACUUUCUAUGAUGGUGAUGAAACUGGAUACCCACUGGGGAGAAAGAGAAAACUGGGAUUAGCAAAAAUUAUAGUUUGUGUAAUUAAACUUUAUUUGAGCACAAAA